AUGUCUCGUGGCACUCGUGCAGAAAACGGAUCAGUGAGGAAGAGGCGCAGUGAAAGAAGUCGCUCUCGAAGCCCACAGAAGGGAGACCCCAAAAGAAUUGCAGGUGGACGUGAUGGUGACAGACGCAGUGGAGGUGCCGCGAGCAUGAGCGAACGUAUGGUGUUUAUCACUAAUCUUGCCUAUGAAGUCCGCUGGGUGGAGCUGAAGGAUCUUCUGCGUGAGCACGGUGGAGAGGUCGUUUUUGUCGAGCUGUUGGAAGAUCGCAACGGACAUCCGAAGGGGAAUGCUAUCGUCGAGUUCAAGACAAAGGAAGGUGCAUCAAACUGCAUUAAGAAUCUCGACGGCUUCGAGAUUCGAAAGCGAAAAAUUAUUACGAAACCAAUCCGCGAUCCCGUUGCGUUUUUACGUAAGAUACAAGAAGAAACAGGAGUGGAUUAUUUGGCAAAAUGUGGAGGUACUGCACUCGCUCGCGGUGCACGUGACGAGCGUCCUACCCGUACGGGUAGCUAUGAUCUUUUCGGUUUGAGCCCGGAAUUCCUCCGCCAGCACAACAUAGAGCCACCGCUAUGUGACCGCGUUUUUGUUGCAAACCUGUCGUUCAAUGUCGGAACUGCACGGAUGUAUGACAUAUUUGGCCUCGCGGGUAACAUUGUUUGGAUGGAUCUUCACAUGGACAAGGAAGGAAAAAGCAAGGGUGUCUGUAUUCUCCAAUACUCACAUCCCAUUGAAGCAGUGCAAGCCAUUUCAAUGUUCAACGGACAGAAACUUUACGAUCGUGUUUUGGUUGUAAAAAUGGAUAGAUUUGAGAAGUUCUCGGCGUUUGGAAUGGGAACUGGUGGGCUGUCCAGCAAUGCUGCUUUCCAGUCGUCUUACGCGUCGCAUAUUGCUAAUGGUCAGAGCCUUGGAGGAUUAGGUGGAUCUUUCUCAUCUCUGGGUGCAUUCGACGCAAGAAGAGAUGAUUCCUUUAUUGGCGCCGACUCACGUAGAGAUGAUCAGUUUGGCAUGAACUACAGCGUCAGCCGUGUUGUUAUUAUUAGAAAUCUACCACCGGAUUACACAUGGCAAAUCGUACGUGAUCGAGUCCAACAAUUCGGAGAUGCAGAGUCUGUUGAGAUGAUUGCACCUGGAGUUGCUCGUAUUCGCUUCGCUCUCAUCCAGGAUGCUGAACGCAUGCGCGGAGCGCUGACUGGAACAACCGUGGAGGGCCGCACGAUUUCCGUGGAGUACAUGCAUUAA